AUGCCCUCGGGCCUCGACAUCGAUCAUACCCGUACCCUCAAUGGGACCAUGUCGGCCCAUGCGAAGCACCUCAUCAUCUCCACGGGGCGUUCCGAUUGGACCAGUCGGAUUGAGGAUGAAAAGGAUACGGCAGGAUGGGGAAAAUUCACAGCCGAUAUCAAGGCGCUGUUGGGACGGCACGGCGAAUUUCACGAUCCGUUCAACAAUAUCUUAAUUAGUCUGUCAUCAUUCACACCACGGGACACCCGGCAACCAGACGUCAAUGUACCGGCGCAGCCCGAAGUCGACGCCGUUCUCUUUCCAUCGUUCCAGCAUUUCAGGAAACUCAAGGUCGAUGCAGCAUCUGACAGCUUGAAGAAAUUCAUCCGCUAUGCACUUCUACCCAAUCCAGAAAACUUGAAUUCCAUGUACAAUGACUUACCCGAGUCUGAAAAAAGAGCAAAGACACGAGAUCCCGCAGCUGGAAAAUUCAUCUCGAGAGCUGAUGUAUGCGCGCCAACCAUUCUUAUUUGCAGUCAUGGCCAACGCGACAGCAGAUGUGGAAUUCUAGGCCCGCUCCUCCACAAGGAAUUUACGCAAUACAUUGAGGAGCAUUACCCGAGACUACAGCCUCAGACGCACAUAUUUGCGAACGAAUUGUUGUCUGGCCACGACGCGGAAGAACCUAGAUCUGAGCUGCGAUCGACGUCACUCUCAUCCUCGACAAACGGGGAGGGAGCCCUCAACAUCAAUAUCGGCAUGAUCUCCCAUAUCGGUGGACAUAAGUGGGCCGGAAAUGUGAUCCUUUACAUCCCUCCGGACUUUACUCGACCGGCCUCGACUUAUUCGUCGGUGUCUCCUCCCGUGCCGCAUCCCCUCGCUGGCAAAGGCGUCUGGUACGGACGCGUCGAACCUCGUCAUAUCCAGGGAAUCGUCGAGCAGACGCUUCUGCGUGGCAAAGUGAUACAGGAAUUAUUCCGCGGCGCUACGUCCCAGACUGAUGGGAUUCUGAAGCGCUGA